AUAUUUUACUUUUUAUUAUUUUUAAGAUAUAUAUUCUAUUGAUUUCAGAGAGGAGGUAGAAGGAUAGAAGGAUAAAAACAUCAAUGAUGAGAGUGAACCAUCGACCGGCCGCCUCCUGCACACCCCACACUGGGGAUCGAGCCCACAACCCAGGCAAGUGCCCUGACUGGGAAUCGAACUGCGACGUCCCGGUUCAUAGGUCAACGCUCAACCACUGAGCCAUGCCAGCCGGGCAUGUGUUACUUGCUUUUCUGCUGCUACUAGUAAGGUGCCCUGAAAGUGUUCGCUGAGCUUCCUGCCUACCACUUGAUUCUUAUCACAAUCCUAUGCGAUAGGUACUGUUAAUCCCUCCGUUUUACAGAAGAGAGGAUUAAGGCAUGAAGAUAUUAAUAAUUUGCUCAAGAUUUCACAGCUAUUAAGUAGCAGUGUCAUUUGGCCCCAGAGACUACUCCCUUAACCUGUGUCCUCUACCCUCAGUGUCCACUCCCCCAGAACUAGAAUCGUCCCCUGAGGGCUGCAUGAACUUGCAUUAGGGCCUCCGUCUGUGGUUGGGCAGGUGGCUCACUGUUCGGGGGCUCUUGGCUGAAGGUGUCUGGAAGGCAGUCUGCACUCUGCUCAUCAGGGCACCAGGCCCAGUGGGUGUGUGUUCACAGGGUGGGUGAGGGGCUCACAUAACGCAGUCAUGGGGGUUAGUGACACCCUUGGCCAGAAUCUAAUGCUUUUUUCCUUCUUCCCCCUUGUGCCUUCCCAAGACUCAGCCCUUCCCGAGCAGGGGGACAAAAUGGCCAAGUUCAAGGAGGCGGUGACGUUCCAGGACGUGGCUGUGGUCUUCACGGAGGAGGAGCUGGCGCUGCUGGACCCGUCCCAGAGGACGCUGUACCGAGACGUGAUGCUGGAGAACUUCUGGAACCUGGUCUCAGUGGGGCAUCUGCCCUUCACAGCAGGUGUUAGCCCCCGGUUAGAGAGAGAAGAGAAGCUCUGCAUGAUGAGGACAGCGACCCAGAGCCACAGCGCCUCAGGAGACAAGAGUCUACGUAACAUGGAGGUUAUUCAAGAAAUUGGAUUAAGGGACCUGGCCCAUGAAGAGUUUUUCCACUCACAAAUCUGGCAACAGGUUACCAAGGGUUUAACCAGAUGUCAAGAUUCCACAGUAAACAAUCAAGGAACUGGCUCUCUGUUGGAAAAACAAGGUGAUGCGCUCUAUAAAUAUGAGGAAUUCGGUAAGGGCUUUAAUCAGAGUUCGCAUCUUCAGGUUCACCACAGAGUCCAUAAUGGAGAAAAAUGCCACAAAGAAGAGAUGUGCGAGAAAGGUGUUAUUCAGGACUCUUGUCCUCAAAUUAAUAAGACGGCCCAUGCAGGAGAGAAGCCCUGUAAAUGUGAAAAAUGUGAAAAUGCCUUCCACCGGGUUUCAAGUCUUCAAGCCCAUCAGAGAGUCCACAGUAGAGGGAAAUCGUACAAAUGUGAUACAUCAUGUAAGAAUUUUAGUCAAAGGUCAUAUCUUCCUCAUCAUCAGAGAGUUCUUACAGGAGAAAAUCCACACAAAUUUGAGGAGUGUGGGAGAAAUGUUAAGCAAAGCUCACAUUGUCAAACUUCGCUGAUAACCCACACAUCAGAGAAACCCUAUAAAUGUGAGGAGUGUGGGGGGGGCUUCAGUCAGAGUGCACAUCUUCAAGUCCAUCAGAGAGUUCACAUGGGAGAGAGACCUUACAAGUGCGAAAAGUGUGGGAAGGGCUUCCGUUGGCAUUCACGACUGCAGGCUCACCAGCGAAUGCACACAGGUGAGAAGCCAUACAAAUGCGAUGCAUGUGGCAAGGGUUUUAAGCAUAGCUCACACCUUAACAUUCAUUGUAGAAUCCACACAGGAGAGAAACCCUAUAAAUGUGAGGAGUGUGGGAAAGGCUUCAGUGCAGGCUCACACCUUCAAGUCCAUCAGAGAGUCCACACUGGAGAGAAACCAUACAAAUGUGAGAGGUGUGGGAAGGGCUUUGGUCGGGCCUCAAAUCUUCUGGACCAUCAAAAAGGCCACACUGGAGAGAAACCCUAUCAAUGUGAUGCCUGUGGGAAAGGCUUCAGUCGGAGGUCAGAACUGAAGGCUCACUGUAGAAUCCACACAGGAGAGAAACCCUAUAAAUGUGAGGAGUGUGGGAAGGGCUUCAGUCAGCCCUCAAAUCUUCUGUCCCAUCAAAGAGGCCACACUGGAGAGAAACCAUACAAAUGCGGUACAUGUGGGAAGGGCUUCAGUCGGAGUUCAGAACUGAAGGUUCACUGUAGAAUCCACACAGGAGAGAAACCCUAUAAAUGUGAGAAGUGUGGGAAGGCCUUCAGUCAGUCUUCAAGUCUUCAUGUGCAUCAUCAAAGAGUCCACACGGGAGAGAAACCGUAUCAGUGUGCAGAGUGUGGGAAGGGCUUCAGUGUAAGGUCACAGCUUCAUCUCCAUCAGAAGGUCCAUACUGGAGAGAAACCAUAUAAAUGUGAGAAGUGUGGGAAGGUCUUUAGUAGGAGCUCAUACCUUCAAGCCCAUCAGAGAGUCCACACUGGAGAAAAGCCGUACAAAUGUGAGGAGUGUGGGAAGGUAUUCAGUUGGAGCUCAAGUCUUACAAAACAUCAGCGAGUUCAUGUUGACGAUGGGGGUGAUAAAGACUUUCCCUCAUCAGAGAACUCAUACAGGAAAGAAGCUCGGUAAAAUUACAUGUUUUCAUACCUCAGAAUGGGUGCUAAAAUAGUCCAAUGAUCAGCCCUGUUACAGAAAGCAAAACAUUCAUUUUAAAGAGUGAGUACUUCAGCCAGAGCUCAACAUGUCACAAUGGUUGGGUGACCACAUCAGAGAAGCCUUGUGAGAGUGGAGACAUAAGGACUUUACGCAGAACCUUGACAGUUAGUAAAUAUUAAAAAGAAGAGAGGCUUAGAAAGGAUGGGUCUGAUCUGAAGUUAACAA